AUGGAUCAUAUAGGGGCGCACCAUAUCCACCAGUCCCAUGCAGAACCCAUCAGCUUUGGUAUUGAUCAGAUAUUAAACAACUCAGAUCAGGGGAGCUGUAUGAUUUCCAGCGCCAGGCUCCAGGACUCUGACUUUGGCUUGGGAUGCAUUGUAAGCAGUGCUUAUAACACCAUGACCGGUAAUUACAACAACAGUAAUACUGGGGGAUACAACAACAACGCUUGCAGCAUGGCAUCUUUGACUGGUUCUUACAAUAUGAAUAUGGGGAUGAAUAUCAAUGGGAAUAACCUAAAUUCUGCUGGUGUUAUUAGGGUUCCAGCCCACAGACCUUUAGGUUCAAGCGUUCACCAACCCAUUUCCACCGGAAUGCCAACUGUGCCCAGUGUUGGGAAUAUUAAUAAUAUGAAUAACUUGACAGGAUUAACGUUUCCCUGGAUGGAAAGUAAUAGAAGGUACACCAAAGACAGAUUCACAGUGGCCCUCUCACCCUUCACUGUAACACGCCGUAUAGGUCACCCGUACCAGAACCGAACCCCCCCUAAGAAGAAGAAGCCCAGGACGUCGUUCACAAGGCUUCAGAUCUGUGAGCUAGAGAAAAGGUUUCACAGACAGAAGUACCUGGCAUCAGCAGAGAGGGCAGCUCUGGCUAAAGCACUUAAAAUGACAGAUGCCCAGGUGAAAACCUGGUUUCAGAAUAGAAGAACUAAAUGGAGACGACAGACUGCAGAAGAGAGAGAAGCAGAGAGACAGCAGGCAAACAGGAUCCUUAUGCAGUUACAGCAAGAGGCAUUUCAGAAGUCAAUAAACCAACCACUCCAACCAGACCCUAUCUGCGUUCAUAACUCCUCACUAUUUGCCCUGCAAAAUCUACAGCCUUGGUCGGAUGAUGCUUCAAAAAUAACCAGUGUCACCUCAGUAGCUUCUGCCUGCGAAUGA